AUGGCGGGGCUUCAAACCAAUGUCUUUGUUGGCUUCGGUGUUGUCUGGGCUGUCGCCUUUCUCUCUAUGAUUGGACGCGUCGCUGCUCGGCGCAUGACCAAGGUGGCCUGGUGGCAUGAAGACUACUUCUGCCUCGCUGCGUUUGUAUUCGGCAGCGUAUACAAUGGCCUCUGCCUCUACUGGGCGACGGACUGGUCGCUUGGUCUGAUAAUUCCCGAUACGGUCGAUCCUAAUGUCAAAGAGCACAUUCUGGAGGUCUCCCGAAAGCUCGCCUUCUUCUGCUCCUUGACCUACGCCUAUUCCAUCGGUGCCUCGAAGCUUGCCAUCCUAUCCCUUUACUGGCGCCUGUUCAAACUGUCCUCCAUCCGAAUCCCAAUUCUGGUGCUAUACGUGAUUGUCGUGGCGUGGAUGAUCUUGCGAACGUUCAUGGUGGUGUUCCGUUGCUCGCCCGUGCAGGCAUAUUGGGAUCUCAACAUCCCCGGUGGUCAUUGCCCCAUCCAAGACGGGGCCUUCUUCUUCGGAACGAUGCUCCCUCACUUUCUCAUGGAUGUCGUGAUUCUCAUUUUGCCUGUUGUUGAGGUCUUCAAGCUCCGUCUGCGCCUCGCCCAAAAGGUCGGCAUUUCUGCCUUGUUCCUGAUUGGUAUCAUUGUGUGUACUGCAUCCGUGAAUUGCUUGGUUGAAUCCAUUCGCACCGACCCGAAGACGACACAAAUGCCCUAUGAUUACGCCCUGAACUACACGUGGGGUGCUGUUGAAGUGAACAUGGCUGUUGUUUCCUCCUGUUUCCCUCUCCUGCGCCCCGUCUUCCGCGUCCUUGUUGGCUCCAGGGUCCUCAGCUCAUACACUGAAGGGACGCACGGCGUGAGCUACGGUGCUCACACCUACAGCCGCCAUACCGGCGUGGAAUUGAACACCAUGACCACCAAAUCGAAGCGAAGAAAGGACAUGGAGCUCUCAAGUUCAAUGCGCCGCUUAGCUGAUGACGAAAAAGAUAUCCUUGGUGAUCCCGCCUUGGUCAAGUCACCGGAUCGCAUCCUCACCACAGUGACGCCGUAUCAUGCAAAUGAGUGGGCUGACAGUAACGAUAACGGGAUUCACGUACAGAACGAUGUGAUAAUUGAAGUGCACAAGCUCGAACAGUCGAAAUCCUUCAAUAGUGAUCAUACUUCCCAGGAUUCAAGCAAAUUUCGCUAG